AUGGCUGACGAGACUGCGGCCGUGGCUACUAUCCUAUCCAUUGUUGGCCGAUGGGAGCUGGCGAGCGGAUCAGCUGUGAGGCUGCCCCAAGAAGUCUUGGAUGAGACCACCCGCACCUUCUCCUUUCUAGAUAUCGAGGCGAUAUUCAAGGCGGCCACAGGCAAGCGUUGGAGCCCUGAUCCAAGUGCGCGAUCCGGAGACAUCAGUGAGGAAGAGACUGGGGCACUAGAUCGCCUCACCAAGGCUUACCUCCGCGACCACAGGUUCUACUGUCUCCCCGUGCACGGAACUCCUCAUACAACUGAUUCUGGCCAUCACAAAUGCAAAACGGGGGUCAUAUUCCUCGACUCGUUGGGGUUCCAAGCGGGUCUUCCGGAUGCUCUGUAUGAGUCACGUCACACGCUCGCGAUAGGGAAAGAGCCGCCUGAGGCAUCUCCGGACGCCAAGCCGGACGACCUGCUCACCCAAUCUGGGUGCCCCUACACCGUCGCGACGCAGAUCGGGGAGCAUCCCAGUGACAUCUCAUUGGUGCUCAGUUUGGCCGUCCGCCCCUUCCAGGGUCCUGACAGGCCCAGGCUUUCAAUGGCUGACAUCGGUCCACUUUCCUCAACAACCGUUGCGAUUGGUUCGUCCGAGCCGAUGAUUGGUGAGUGGCGCGGCGACAACGGCGUUGAGGAACCUUAUAAGCUCGGCAAGGAAGUCAAAAACUUCGUUCGGAUUGUGGGGCAGGGCGAAGAGGAUUGGACUGCGCGCCCCAUGUCAUUCGUGGUGUACCCGGGCGGACCACGAUCGCUCAUAUACUUGGAUCGCAGGCGGCACCUUGAGGCGGGCAAAGAUAUGAUGGAAUCUGUCGAUACGCUCAAAAGAAUCGUUUCGGAUGGCGAGGGGGAAAGUCAGCUGCAGACGGCGACGUACGCCAUUGAUAUUGCUGGAUGGACGGAUGGAGGGGCAGAGCAGAGAGUAACAGCUAUCGACGCCGCCAUCAUGUCGAAGAUGACACCGUUCCUGGCCGAGCGACGUCAGCAGGGUCUCCCACACAGAAUCAUUUGGAAAGUUACGACGGUCAACGAGGGGGACGGGUCGGCGGCUGGCGAGGUGUUGCGACUUCUUCGGUGGGGGAAAGAGCAGUGCCAGACGGAGAGCGCUACUCGAGAGUCAAAGUUUGGGGUUUGA